GUAUAUACAACAGUACGUGACAUGGUCAAGUGGAAUUUAAAUAUUUUGAAUUUCAAUUAACAAUAUUUGUGAUAUGUACAGAAAAAAUACUCGUAAAAUUAUUGCAAAGAACAAAUCAAACAAUUGUCGCAAAAAAACCAGAAACGAGAAAUGAAACAAUUUAUUCGAAAUAAACUCCAAAAAUUUGAUUCUACAGUGAAAAUUAUUUAAAAGGUGAAAUUUUGUUAUUGAAAAAAAAAACAAAGAAAAAACGACGAUCGUUUAGUGCUGUGGGGAAAUUUGUGGGUCGAUGAUCCGACCGGAAGACCGAUCUUUAAAAAGACGAAAUUCUAGAUCGGUCGUCGUGGGUUCGGCGAGAGUUGAAUUGGAUUGGGGUCGGGGUCGCGGUCUUGGUCUCGGGAAUAAUCGGACAAUUAUUCGCGUUUUGCGAAGUGCGCCAAGUGCGGUGCGCCGUGUCUCGUGGUUUCUGACACUUUUGUCGGCCACUUGGCAUUCGACAAGAAGAAGAAGAUUGUUUUCAAAAGUAUUAUUAUUAUUAUUAUAUACUUGAAGUGGUAAGAUGGCUACAAACGCCGUCGACGACCAAUAUUUCUAUGAAGAUGUCGUCUACAGGGUCGACAAAAAGGGUAAUGUUGAAUUUGGCAUCAUUAUGGAAAACGACGAUCAGGAUAUGUCCGACGACAGUUCUGCCAAUGAGGAAAGUCCUAAGAGGAAAAAGGGCGAAAUCCGCGUGGUCUGGCAUCCUUCCGGUGUCGAAGAACUCGUCAAUUCCAAAAAAGUUCAUCUGGCAGAUAGAACUUUGAUGCCAGGAGAUGUUGUGCGUCGUAUGAUUAAAGGAAAAGACACUCAGAGGGGUUAUUGCAGAGAUAUUGAACUCACAGCUUGUGUUCAAGUCAUUGGUUCAAAGCAAGUCCUUACAAACAUUAAAAGCGAAGAUUUGGUGCCUCUCGAGGAAUUUGCAACCGACAUUGCAGUUUGUAUGGAUUCCUGGGUGGGUGGAAUCAGAAUUGUUCAUUUUAAAUUGUGGCUGGCCACACCCGAUGGAUCUCGAUGUGUCAUUAAUGAAAUGGAUGCACGAGGUUUGGAGAAUUUUGAAGAAAAACGAGACAAUGAGAAUGAUUUUCCACACUCCUCGGAAUUUUAUCCCGGUCAAAGUUUAUGGGGACCUGUUCAUUGUUUAGAGGAUGCGCAAUGGAUUCAGUGUACAAAAGAAAUGAAAGCGAAACGUAAAUCGAAACCUCAGAGAAUUACAAAAGUAAUUGUGGAAAAAGUGGAAACAGAUUGGGUCGGUGUUCAUUGGCAAUGUCGAGCAUAUUCGAAAGAUGGAGCGUGGUCGGAUCAAGCACAACCAAAAUUCGUUGUUGAAGGCGAGGAUCUCAAGAAAUUGAAAUUAUUAAAUGUUUUUGAACCGUCAACACUUCAAGUUGGUGAUCGUAAUUUUUAUGUGAUUAAAGGCAACGAGAACGUUAUAACCAGGGAACAAUGGAGAAAGCAGCAAAAGGAAAAUUAUCAAGUUCCUAAACACAGUCCAAGAAAAACGCGUUCAAGUGCUGCGAAAUGUUUAGAUGAUAAGUUAAAGGAUAAAGACAAAGAGAGAGAUAAGGAUAAGGAGAAAUGUGAAAAUGAAACUAAUGCUCAAAAUCAACGACGGGACAAUAGUGCUCAAAGAAACGUGAAUUCGGUCUCUAGUAAUGUUUUAAUGCCACCGUCGCAUAAUCAAAAUGCCGAGAGUUCUGAUGAUUGGGACACAGAAGAUACUGGCUCUCAGAGCGACACUGCCUCGAUAUCCAGCGGGUGUUCAAGUAUGUCGUCAAUGGGAAGGAAGAAGAAAGGUCCUGCGUUGAUGACAAAAGUUCUUAAGAAAAAGAAACUUUGUAAAGCAAAGAAAAAAGUGCCUCCACCGGUUUUGCUACCUGGUACUAAAAUUGUUGUAGAAACUUUAUCAACAAACACUAAAGCAAAUGUUGUCUGGCAGGAUGGAUCUGUUGAACUUGGAAUUCCAUCAACGCAAUUGUAUCCAAUUCAUCAUUUAGAUGACAAAGAAUUCUUUCCUGGAGAUUUUGUUGUUGAUCAGAAGGAAGAAUCAAGAAUGUACGGAGUGGUUCAAAGUGUCGAUCAUCAGGGACGAACUGCAAAUAUAAAGUGGUUUAGAACUUAUACAUCUAGUCAAAGUCCACAGCCAAUAUUCCUAGAAGAUCGAGAAGUGAGUGUCUACGAUUUGAAAGAUCAUCCGGAUUUUCAAUAUAGACCCGGUACCCGAGUAAUUCGAAUAGCGAAUUUUGAGGGAGAGGACGCAAAUUGUACAGCGGGACAAGUAUUAGAUAAUUAUCCGGAAGGACUAGUAAAAGUGUGGUGGAUAGACGGUCACAUUAGUAUGUGUUGGCCGCAGGAUCUCUACAAAGUAGGAGAAUACGAUAGCGACGAAGGAGAAUGGGACGACGUGUCAUCAGACGCUUCAUGGGAGACUGAACUUGAAGACUGUUUUAUUGCCGAUACGGAUUCAACUGAGCAAACAGAAAAUAUCAAACCAAAAUUAGCAGCUCAUAUAGAAAAAGCACGGAAGGCAAUGUCCAGAUUGGAGGAAAUAUUCACUCAAAAUCCAUCCCUACAGACCACCGAGGUAAUGAGAAAAUUACUCGAAGUCUACAAGGAUUGUCGAUAUAUGGAUAAAUUAAUGGGAACUUCGUUCUUCCAUGAGAGUCACUUCCAGGGAUUACUUGAGAGAGUUCGCGAGCGAGGACGUGCGAACGUCGCUCAAAGAAUGGCCGAUCAAGUGACAAGACUGUUUACUCAUCAACCGGCAGGUUCCGAAGAAAUUGAUCAAAAUUUACAUAGUGAGAGUACACAAGACGCGUCAGAAAACAUAACCGUGGAAAUUAAUAGCGAAUCAAUUGAAACUGCAAAAGAGGAUGAGAAAAAAGAGAGUCAAGAGCAGGACGAAAUUAAUAAACUCUUCAUUAAUAUGAAUCCAAAUCCUGAAGAUUCGGGAUUAUUUUCAGCGGAUAAUUCAAAAAAAGAAUCGGGUUCCAGUGAAUCAAGUGGCGAAUUUUUACUCAGUGAAGAUGCCAAUCGUACAUCAUUUGUCAAAGAAGAUUCCGAGAAAGAUGAUGACCAGGAUUUAAAAUCUCAAGGGCCAGUUAAUUAUAAUCUUGGAGGUUCACAUGUUUGUGUGAAAUUGUGCACAUUGAUAAAAGCGCAAUUGGUCCUUGCACACGCGGAAGUUACGAAACGAUUUGGUUUAUCGAAAAUGUCAUUGUCAGACGCUGCGAAAAAUUCUUCACCAGCGAAAAUUCCGCCAAAAGAAGAGGCAGAGGAAAAAGAAAAGGAGAAACCUGUUUUAAUUGAAGAAACACUUGAUACUUCAAUUGAAAUUCCUCCACUUGUUUAUACAGAGGGUGAAGGUUUUAUGAUCGAAGAAACAGCUCCCGAUUGUCAUAAAUUUAAACUCACUAUGUUUCAACCAACAGAUCCGACGAAUUUCUUCAGAACUGUUUCUAAGGAACUUAAACUAUUGAGAAGUUCACUUCCGCCAGGAAUUUGGGUUAAAGGAUUUGAAGAUAGAAUUGAUCUUUAUUCAGUAAUGUUUCGAGGUCCAGAAAAAACUCCUUACGAAGAUGGACUCUUUCUUUUUGAUUUUCAAUUAUCCGCUGAUUAUCCAGUAGCGCCGCCAUUGUGCCAUUAUAUUUCCUAUUGCAGUGACAGAUUAAAUCCAAAUUUGUAUGAGGAUGGAAAAGUGUGUAUUAGUUUAUUAGGAACGUGGGCUGGUCGUGGAACAGAAGUAUGGACAAGUUCGUCGACACUUUUGCAAGUUAUUGUUUCAAUUCAGGGUCUCAUUCUUGUGCCAGAACCUUAUUUCAAUGAAGCUGGCUUCGAGAAACAAAGAGGAUCUCAACAAGGGAGGGAAAAUUCGAGAAUGUAUAAUGAAAUGGCUGUACUGAAAUUGGUACAGGCGCAGACCAAACUUUUACUACAUCCUCCGCCCAUUUUUAAAGAUAUUAUUAUCGAGCAUUUUAAACGUCAUACGGAAAAACUUGUCGAAAGGUUGGAUCGUUGGAUGGAGAUCUCGGAACAACACAAUAAUCAACAUCCAUUGUCUCCCUGUACUCCAACGACAUUUAAGGAAAUCGCUCAAGUUGAUGAAUCAAUUCUACCUGAAUUUCCUUUGAUACCGGCCUCGAGAGGUUUCUGCAUCACUUUAAGGAAAACUCUAGUAACAUUUAAGCGUACACUUGUAAAUGAAGGAAUAGUCAAAUUAACAAACAUACCGGAAUUGGAUGAUUCUAGUGUUUUCACUGAAGAAAAUGAAAGUUCAUCGCAAAAUCAAUCAAUAAAUAUUAAAUCUGACAAUAGAAGAAGUGAAAUCGAAGAAAAUGAUUCUCACUCAACGUCAAAUAGUCAACAAGCAAAAAUUGCAGAUUCUCUUUCGUCUACGUGUAGUCCAACGUCCGUUACAAAUGAAACGAAAAAAGAUACAUCGGAGCGAAAUUCUAGCUAGCCUCAAGGUAAAUUUAAGCGCCUAGUAUACAAAAAUUGCGCAACUAUUCGGUAAUAUUACACAUUAAACAAAAAAUUAAUUUUAAUAUUACAAUUUUUUUCGAUAUAUAUAUAUUUAAUUGAUAUCAACUUUUAGAAAAAUCGUCUUUAAACAAUCAAUUAAAUUAAUAAACAUUAAUUUAAUUAAUUGAAAGAAAUGAAACUACAAGUUAUAAAUCACAAGAAACAGAAGCAUUGCUUCAAAAAAAAAGAGAAAAAAUGAAAACGCUUUAUUAAAUAAAUGCAAAUAUGUUUUACCGGCUUUUUGGUAAAAAAAAAAAAUUGAAAGAAAACCAAAUUUAAUGUUAAUUAUUUCGUAGUCUAGCUAUAUAAAUUGAAACGACGCCGAAAACACCGUGUGCAUUUAGUUUCAAUGUUUGUAAAACUAUCCUUGAAAAAAAAUAUUGCUAGACUAAAGUCAAGUCGAAUGCGUACGACAAGUUUUUUUAGAAUCACCCCCUCGCCUCCCUUUCACAAAUUUGCAAUAGCAACGAGUAUUUUAGGAUAAAUCAUAAACAAUAAUAGUGAGUAAAUUAUAAACGCAUUUUAAUAUAAUUCAAAGUGUCUCGAGAUUUCCAAAGUCUUAAUGCUAUUUCGAUUACACUGAACUCGUUAUGCCAUCCAUUAUUAAGAUAUAUUAUGGUGAAAGAAAUGAUUAAAAAAAAAUCUAUUCAAGUGGCUUUAGAAGUUAUAGGGCGUAGACUAGAAAGAUUCGUAUUAUAGAUUGACCUAUCGACAAAGAGUCUAAUGUUAUUAAUUACUCGUAGAUAGAUAAAUAACAACAGUGAUAUUGACUAGAAGGCUGUAUAGUUCACAAUGAAUUUCUCUUUAUUUAUUUUUUUUUAAAAACAAAGUCCUAGUUUUUUUUAUUUUGAAUUUAAUUUAUUUCAUUUUUCUAGUACUUAAUACGUUCAAAUCGUUCUUAUGUGUAUAUACAGUAUUAUAUCAUUUAUCGAUAAUUAAUUCAUUAAUCAGAAACACAUUAUUUUAGUCCCUUUGCGAUUACUCUUCUUUUUUUUAAGUACCUUUUUUCUCUCCUUUUGAAAAUAAUUUCUUUUUCAUUUUCAAUGUUUUUUUCAUUGUCAUUGCGAAUUUCAUUCUAUGUAUAUUUUUAUUAGAUUAUUAUCUACUACUUUGAAUUUUUUUAUCUUAUUUUUUUGCCUUUUCAAAGUAAUUUAAAUUUUUGUCACUGAGCGCGAUUAGUAAAAAAAAGGACGCUGUGCCGAAAAAAGAUGUAUGCACUCGUUAAAAAAAAAUGCUUUUUUAAAAUAUUAUCCUGACGUUCUUAUGAAGGCAAAGCUCAGUAACACUCUUAAAAUUGAAGUAGACAGAGGCGUUGACUUUUCUAAGUGUAUUUUAUAAAUUGUCGUACCUCUGCAUCGGGUGCUAUUUGUUCCUAUGAUUAUAAAAGAGCUCUUGAAAUAUUAGUAAGAAAUUUAUUAAUUUAUUGUAUAUUUUGUUUUAAACAUCACUUCAGAAUUCAUAAUUUUCUUUUUGAAAAAAAUACUUGUUUUUUUUUGAAAUGUUAUAUUAACACUGCUAAAAAUCAGUAUUCUAUUUAAUAAUUAAGAAAUAUUUGACUAAUUAAACAUUAACAGUAAAUAAAUGGAGAAUCGUCUGCAAAAAAAAAAAGUAAUAUUUUUUGCAAGAAGUGACGAAUUAUUGCUCAACGUUUUAAAAUAAAAAUACUGUCUAGUAGUUAAGUAAUAUUUCGUAAUUUUGUAUCUAAAUUUUAUAACGUUGAACAAUAAUUUAUCACGGAAUAAAGUUGAAACUAAAAAAUUAUAAUUUAAAAAAUAGGAUUUAUAAUUUAAGAACUAUAAAUUAUUUCAAAAUAUUUAGAAAUUCUACAUUGUAAAUAAAAAUUAAAUUUCUAAUAGAUUUUCAAAAUUAAUAACUGAAAACUGGUUUUAAUUCAGAAAUACAAAGUUUUAUUUUGAAAAUUGUAUUAAUUAUUAUUAUUAUUACCAUUUACUUUUAGAAAUUAUUAAAGAAAGAAGAAAAUUAUGAAUCCAGAAGCGCAGAAAUUUGGGGAAAUUUGAGCUAAAUUUUAUGACCUAACUAGUUUUGCGUCUAAGGAAACUAAAAAGAGCGUCAAUCAGGAAAGAAUCAUUUCUAAAGGCCAAUAGAUUGCUCGCAAAUGGUGCUGAUUGUUAACAAUUUAUAAAGAUAAGGAUGUACAUGCAGCCAUGUUUGAAACUAAAGAAAGUGUGUAAAUUUAAAAAAAAAAAAAAAAAAGGAAACGUGGGUUUUACCACAGAAAGUGCUUUAAAGCGACGAUUCAUAUUAAAGAAAGUGUAUGUAUUAUAUUAUAAAUAUAAAAAAAGGUUUGUAAGUUAAAAAAAAAGAGAAAAACAAUUAACAGAGAGUUUUGAAAUUGUAUGAAAGAUGAUGAAAAAUUGUAAUGAGAAUGAAAGCACAAGGCUAAGUAUUCAAUAAAAUUAAAAAAAAAAAAAAAACGAAGCGGGAUGCCUUGUAUAUAAAAUGAGCUAGCUAUUUAUAUAUAAAUAUAUUUAAAAUAUUAAAUUUCUAUAGAAUCAGAUUCACUUUUAAAUUGUCAGCAAUAUUAUUUGAUGCUUCAAAGACUAAAAAAAAAUUGUAUAAUUUUAUUUUUUUAAAUCUGCUUUAAUUUUAGAAAAAAAAAACCAAUCACGGCCUCCUUCCAUGAUUGUGUACUAUACAAAGGGCUGUAAAUUUUGUUUUUUCUUAUAUAUUAUAUAUUUUAUAUUAUUUGUCAAUAAUAAAAAAAUCACUAUUAAUUUUUUCUAGUAAUGAGACACGUGCGUCUGAUUAUAAUUAUAUAUUAUUGUCCUUCAUUAUAAGGAAACGUGAUAUUUAUAAGAAAAAAAAGGAAGAAAUGUUACUUCUUGAACCUGGAAUUAUGAAAAAGAAGGACGGCUUCUUAUUUCUUAUUCAAACCCCUAUCUCUUAUCAUCAAUCCUCAUUUUGUUUUUUUUUGUUAUUUAAAUUUUUCUUUUUACUUGUAUUUUUACUCACACUGUAUUUUUAUGCGCUUGGGUGCAUUUUAAAAAGUUGAGAAGUGUAAUAAAUGAAAAAAAAAGUUAUUGGAA